AAAUAAGGGUUUUGCUCUGUACAUCGCCACUCUGUGUCUACAUAUAUACACACAUAUAUAUAUAUAAACCACCUCACUCCAUUGCCAUCUCCUCUCCUUCUCCCAAAUAGAGAGAGGAAAAGCAAUAAUUCUCUCUCUAAUAAUCCCUUUCCUAUCUCUUCUUUUAUCCCCUAUAUCUUCACGUAUAUACAUCUAUAUAUACGUCAGAAUAAAAAAAAUAUCUAUAUAUACGCAUAUAUAGAUACCACUUCGAAAAGCUUUGUGGCGGAUUGAACUGCGCGGUGAUUUUUGAUUUGCGAGUUAUGCAGGCUGAUCAGACGGUUUUGAGCUUGAGACCAGGUGGCGGCACUCGCGGCGGAAGCAGAGUAUUCGGCCCACGCUUUGAUUCAUCUGCGGCGGCGAAUUCCGAUCUCCCCCUGCUGCGUCCCCAUGGCGGUGCUGCUUCUUCGCUCCCUUCCUUCAAGACUGGAGAAUCUCGAUUUGAUGAGGGUCACGAGCGGAUCCGUUACACUAGAGAUCUGUUACUUCAGCUAAGGGAGGCGGUGACCAUCCCAGAGAGAAUUCUCAAAGUUAAACAAGAAGUUGAAGCUGAGUUUGGUACAGAUGUGAGCUGGAGUCGUGGAGAAAGCAAUCUUCCAGAUCAACUCCAGAGCCGCUAUUCUGAGCUGGACAACCGUGACUGGCGUAAUCGUUCUACACAAUUGCCUGCUCCUGCAGAGGAGAGAUCCUGGGAGUCAGUAAGAGACAGAGACAUUGGUGGCAGGUGGCAACAAGAUGCAAACCUGUACAAUAAACAAGAUCAAACUAACUCACAGUUUGCCAGAUCACAGAUAUCUUCAAACCAAGGGGUUGCACAGACUCUAAUCAAGGCUGAUGCACCCUGGUCUGCUCGAAGGGGAAAUCUAUCUGAAGAGGACCGUGUUCUGAAAACAGUGAAGGGUAUAUUGAACAAGCUGACUCCUGAGAAAUUUGAUCUUCUGAAGGGUCAAUUAAUAGACUCUGGGAUAACUACAGCUGAUAUUUUGAAGGGAGUUAUCUCAUUGAUAUUUGACAAGGCUGUGUUGGAGCCAACAUUUUGCCCCAUGUAUGCUUUGCUCUGUUCAGACCUCAAUGCAAAGCUUCCUCCAUUCCCAUCAGAUGAGCCCGGUGGUAAAGAGAUUACAUUUAAGCGAAUUCUCUUGAAUAUCUGCCAGGAGGCAUUUGAAGGUGCCGACAAAUUGAGGGAAGAGGCCAGACAGAUGACUGCUCCUGAGCAAGAAUCAGAGAGAAGGGAUAAGGAGAGGUUAUUAAAACUUCGAACUCUUGGAAAUAUCCGCUUAAUUGGAGAACUUCUGAAACAGAAGAUGGUUCCUGAGAGGAUUGUUCAUCACAUAGUUCAGGAACUCUUGGGACAGGACAGUUCAAGUUGUCCGGAAGAGGAGAAUGUUGAGGCCAUAUGUCAGUUCUUUAACACAAUUGGGAAACAGCUUGAUGAGAACCAAAAAUCAAAGCGUAUUAAUGAUACAUAUUUCAAUCGCUUGAAGGAGUUGGGAGCACACCCUCAACUGGCUGCACGGCUUAGGUUUAUGAUACGUGAUGUUCUAGAUAUGCGUGCGAACAACUGGGUACCAAGGCGCGAAGAGGUAAAAGCCAAAACCAUUACUGAGAUACACUCGGAAGCUGAAAAGAAUCUGGGGUUACGUCCAGGUGCUACUGCUGGUAUGAGAAACAGUAGAGCGAUGGCAGCUGGGGGUCAAGGGAGUCUCUCUCCUGCUGGCUUUCCAAUGAAUCGGCCUGGUACAGGUGGUAUGAUGCCAGGGAUGCCAGGAGCAAGGAAGAUGCCCGGCAUGCCUGGAAUGGAUAAUGACAAUUGGGAGAUUGCUAGAUCUCGAAAUAUGCCUAGAGGCGAUGGUUCAAUCACUCAGUCUCCUGCACGUGCUCAGCCUCCAGUGGUAGGGAAGACACAAUCUGUGAACCCGCGAUUCCUACCUCAAGGUACCGGUGGCUUCAUGGGUAGCAAAACUAGUGCCCUCUUGCAGGGCACGGGUGUGCCUGCUCGUGCUCCUAUUGUGGACCCUGUAUCUCAAGCACCCGCACCAAUUAGACAGGCUCCAGUUGCUGAGAAGCCGCUGCCUCCAACUGCAAAAUUGAGCCCCGACGAGUUCAAGAGGAAGACGAAAUCGCUGAUGGAGGAAUACUUUAGUAUCAGACUUCUGGAUGAAGCAUUGGAAUGUGUUCUAGAACUGAAGUCCCCUGCUUAUCAUUCUGAAUUUGUCAAAGAAGCUAUAUCGCUCGGAUUGGAGAAAGCCCCCCCUUGUGUUGAACCAGUUGCUAAACUCGUGGACUACUUGUUUGACAAGAAGGUUCUCAAUGCAGAUGACAUCGGAACAGGGUGUAUCGGCUAUGCAGCGCUACUGGAAGAUCUGGCCAUCGAUUUACCAAAAGCGCCGGCUAAUUUUGGUGAGAUUAUCGGGAAACUUGUCUUGACAGGGGGGCUGGACUUCAAGGUCGUGAGGGAGGUCGUGGAAAAGGUGGGCGACGACUACUACCAGAAGGCAGUCUUUGCUGCUGUUAUGAAGAUUGUGAGCUCCGACCCGGCCGGGAAGCAGUUGCUGGAUGCACAGGCGUCCGACGUUGCCGCCUGCGAGAGCCUGCUCUAGAGCUGGCUUGGUGCUUCGGUGAGACGGCGAAGAACAGGUGAUGUUGGUUGGCUGUAUUGAGGUCUAGUAGUGUAUUAAUAGAGAGGAAAAGUUAGUUUUUAUUUAAAGAGAUUUUGGUUGGUUGUGCAUUGUGGCUAAUCAGAGGCCAUAAUUGCUCGAGAAUGAAGGAUUUCAGAGUCCUCUUGUUUUGUAUUAGUUUUUUUCAAAUUGUUUACUUCGUCAUGUUAAAUUUUGCUAAUUUUGUGAGAUCAUAAUUUAAUUUUAUUUCAAGAUACUA